ACCUAAAUGUAAACCAGGUUGCAGAUUUCUUUCCCCCCAUCUCGCCUCUGUCAGUCUCUCGGAGCAGAAGGAGGAAUCCGCGCUUGGGAUCGCGAUGGGGCUUUGGCGGGGGUUGCUCGCGUUGCUCCUGGUGGGAGCCUCCUCCGUCUCUGUCAGACACUCUCUCCUCUAUCAGUACGUGGUGGUAUCUGAACCCAAUGAGGGGCUGCCCCAGUUCUUCACGGUGGGCUAUCUGGAUGACCAGAUCAUCACCUACUAUGACAGCCGGAAGAAGAAGAAAGAGCCAAAGGUGUCCUGGAUGGAGGAGGUGGAGAAGGAGGAUGCCAACUAUUGGAAGGAGGGAAGCGAGAUCUUGGACGCCACUCAGCAGGUGCUCCAAGAAGACCUGAGGCAUGUUCAAAACCGCUACAAGCAGAAUGGAGGGUUUCACACAUGGCAGACCGCUUAUGGCUGUGAACUCCAGGGAAACAGGAGCAAAAGAGGUUAUUCACAAUAUGGCUACGACGGGAGGACCUUCCUCUCCUUCGAUAAGGAGACCCUGACCUGGGUGGCUCCUGACCCCCUCGCCCAGAUCACCAAGAGGAAUUGGGAUUCUAAUCAUCAGUGGUCCCGGAGAAAUAAAAUCUACCUGGAGGAGGAAUGCAUUGAGUGGCUGGAGAAGUACCUGUCCUAUCGGAAGAAGGCGAUGCUGCCGAGCACAGAGACCCCAAAGGUGACAGUGACCAGAAGGAAGGAGUUGGAGGAUGGGAUGGAGACGCACAUCUGCCAUCUCCACGGCUUCUACCCCAGGGAGAUCGAUGCCUCCUGGACGAGGGACGGGGAGGUCUGGCUGGAGGACACCUUCUAUGGGUCUGUGGCCCCCAACGUGGAUGGGACCUACCACUACUGGCUCAGCGUCCGGAUCGAUCCCAAAGAGAGGGACCGCUAUCGGUGCCACGUGGAGCACGACAGCCUGCAGGAGCCUCUGGAUGUGGCCUUGAAGGUUCCAGAAUCUAACAUGGGGCUCCUCAUCGGCUGCAUUGUUUUGGCUGGUCUUACCCUGGUGUGUCUGAUUGCUGGGAUCCUGGUAUUCCACAAAAAACAUGAGGAUGGCUACAAAGCAGCAACAAUUUUUAUCCAGAUUGCCAUUAAUGGAUUUUCAUUAUGUAGAAAAAUGGAACAUGAAAUUGAUUGCACAGCCAGGCUUCUUCUCCUGUAAUCAUUUGUAAACAUAGUGCAAGAAUAGCAAAAUUGCUUGCUGGAAAUACAUGACUUUGUUGUCUUCUCACCUGAGUUUGCUGCCUGUUUUGGAUGGUUGGAUUUUACUCACUUUGUCUCUCAAAGAUCCCAAUUUCACUUUGAGUGCGUGGAAGAGGAAGAACCAAGGCAACACAAUUCAAUGCAAUUCAACCUUUAUUGUCAACACACGACACGUGUACAAUGAUGUCAGAGUGUGCACAGGGUGACUGCUAGUUUGAGACAAUCCAGGAGCAAAAUACAGGACACAGAGUUUUGGUCAUUACGAACAGUGGUUUAUGUACAAGACUUCUAUAUACAGACAUACACACAGUAGGCACAUACCAGGCAAUCAAUCAAUCUUCAACUCUACACGGAGAGCUACAAUGCAGAUAUAACACAACGAGGGCAGAGGUACACGAGAAAGAGAGAUGUCCAUUAAUGGCCUCCCUUAUAUAGACAGCUUCUUAAAGCAGCAAUAACCCUGCUGACUCAUCCUCAGUUCAUCAUUCUGGUCCAAAGCAGUGGUGGGUUGCUACUGGUUCACCCUGGAUCGGGCGAACCAGUAGCGGUGGUGGCAGAAGGCUCCGCCCACCUGCCUGGACGUCUCUGUGCAUGCGCGCACACAUGCGCGCCCACGAGCAAACUGGUAGCGACAUGAUUUGAAACCCACUACUGGUCCACAGCCUUACAAUGGCUGGCCAGCUUUAAAUCUGCAGUACACUGACAAAUGAGAUUGGCUGAGUCGCCCUACAUGCACCCUCCCCCAACAUAAAUACAUAUCAAUAACUCACAGUGAAAGAAAAAAAAUCCCUAACCCGGAACAAGAAUUGGGGGAGGCUCCUGUGUGGUCCUUGGCAGAGGUGGGUUUCAGCAGAUUCUGACCAGUUCUGGAGAAACGGUAGCGGAAAUUUUGAGUAUUUCAGAGAACCGGUAAGUACCACCUCUGACUGCCUCUUAAGUCCCAGCUGAUCGGGAGGAAAUGGGGAUUUUGCAGUAACCUUCCCCUGGAGUGGGGUGUUGUGUCUGCGCCCCCUGAGCAGGGCCUGCUGCCAGAAAGUGACUUGGACAGUGAGGGGGAAGGGCCGUCAGGACUUACCUCAGGAGCACCAGCUUGCCUGGCUCAGCUCCAGGAGCCAGAAACAGGCCAGGUGGAAGAGAUCUCCAUCCCCUGACUCUUCUCCCCCCCUGGCCACGCCUGCAGACCCAGCUGACGGCAAUGAGGCUUGGUUUUGUAGGCAGGAGAGGAGGGAACAAUAGAAGCAAGUGUGGGGCAGGCCUAGGUAGUGCUGAGUCAUGGAGCCACACCCCACAGGAUAUAAAAGGCAGCCAGAGCUGCUGUGUCUCUUUGUAACAGGCAAAUCCACUGAUUAAGAGCUGAAGUUUGUUUCUAGGUGACUCACCAGCAUCAUGGAAGAUAACGGAGGCUCUUGGCAGACGCUGGCUGUUCUGCUGCCAGAGCCGAUAGUGACGGCUAAUUAAGCCAUCAUUCGGACGGAGGCGAGGGAGGACAGAACACGGGGAGGGAAUGGAGAUUAUACAGUAUCCUUCCCCUGCCACACCCACCAAGCCACACCCACAGAACCAAUAGUAAAAAAAUUUGAAACCCACCACUGGUCCUUGGGGAAGAGGCAGCCAUUUUGCUCCUGUGUCCAGAUGUUUCUCUAGCAUCACCAGCUGAUCUGUAAAAUGGCCAUUUGGACUUGGCUUGGUGGUGGCAGCAACAGAGGCUCCUUUUCCCUCAGAUACUCCUUUGCCCUCCAGCUGUUGGCCAAGUGACCCCAGUAUUUCUCCGCACUUAUGACAUCUGUAGCAUGUUGCUCGAUGGCCCUAUUCAGGGUCACCCGAUCCCUUGUAGGGAAGGAGAGCUCAGACGGUCAUCCUCGGAGCUUUGCAACACCUAAUGGACAUUUUUUUUAAAUUUGCAUUUAUAUCCCGCCCUUCUCCGAAGACUCAGGGCGGCUUACACUAUGUCAAGCAGUAGUCUUCAUCCAUUUGUAUAUUAUAUACGAAGUCAACUUAUUGCUCCCAACAAUCUGGGUCCUCAUUUUACCUACCUUAUAACGGAUGGAAGGCUGAGUCAACCUUGGGCCUGGUGGGACUUGAACCUGCAAUAAUUGCAAGCAGCUGCUGUUAAUAACAGGCUGCAUUAGCCUGUUGAGCCACCAGAGGCCCAAAUUGCUCAGAUUCCUUCUUAGCUUGGAGGCCAAGCAUGGUGCAAUUCCAUCAGAGAUGUCCAAGAAAAAGAAGGUAUCCUGUUAUCUGGGAGCAAUUUGAUCCUGCUGGACCUAUGGAAGUGGACAGGAUCCUUGGGGCUGUCAGCACAGUUACGUCCUUGCUUAUUAGAAUCUUGUCCCUCCAGGUUAUUAAAAUCUUCCAGGAUGGUGACUGGGUGGGUGCACCAGGCCUUAUUUUCGGGGGAUGUCUUCCAUUGACUCACUUCACGGAGGCGCUGCCGACAGCCCUGCCCAGCAGGAGCCUGCUUCCGGCCCGCUUCUGCGGCUGCUUGCUGCCACUCGUGCGGGGCACCCCCAGCCUCUGUUUUGCCAUCAGAGUCCUUCAGGAAAGGCCUCUGCAGCCGAUAAAAGAGCUCCGGAUCAUAAGUGCAAACUGAUUUCCAAGUGGCCGAGAUACGAUCAUGUGAUCUGGGGGAUGGUGGCAGUGUGGCAACCAUAACUUCAAAGAAAUCGAUGUGGCAAUCAUCACUUCUAAGAAAUAUUAGAGGAACUGGCCUGGAAUGGGAGAGCGACACAGAUCCUGCAGGCCCUCCUGCGUUUUUGUCCUCAUACUGACCGUCACAUUCAGCAACAGAAGGCAAGGAUUCACGCCAUCAGAAUAGAGCUGGAAGGGACCCUGGAGGUCUUCUAGUCCAGCCCUCUGCUCAAGCAGGACACCCUAUACCAGGGGUCCCCAACCUUUCGGACCUCAGGGACCACUAAAUUCAUAAUUUUAAAUCCCGUGGACCACUAAUAUGAUCUGCUUAAUGACCGGCUGGGUGUAUGUGUGGCUAGGUGGUCAUAUGACUGGGUGAGCAUGACCAACUUGAUGUCACUCAUGUCGAGGGGCACCUCGCCGGCCUCUACUCGCCCCAGCACCUGGAGGCCCAGAGGGAUGACAUGGCCAGACCAGUUCCAGGCCAUGAUGCAGUCCCACUGGAAUAAGGUCCUCCAGCUCUUCGUCACCACCAACAGCACUUCCCUCCAGCCUUUGUCCAAAGCCCCACAUCAAGUUGGAAUUUCUCCCCCCCCCAACAUCUGACCCACGCAAAAAGACCUUGAAGGGGGAGGCUCUCUGAAGCAACACAAGCGUUCAUUGCACGUAUCCAGUCCAGGGGCCGUAAUUUGAGGAUCCCUGAUUUAGUGCAAUAUAAAAAAUGCAAAUAAUUUUUUGGGGGACCACCAAAAUUUUCUCGCGGACCACCAGAGGUCCAUGGACCACCGGUUGGCGACUGCUGCCCUAUCCUAUUUCAGACAGGUGGCUGUCCAAUCUUUUCUGAAAAAACCUCCAGUGAGGAAGCACCCACAACUUCUGAAGGCAAGCCGUUCCACUGGUUAAUUGUCCUCACUGUUAGGAAGUUUCUCCUCAAUUCCAGGGUGCUUCCCUCCUUGAUUAGUUUUCAUCCAUGGUUUCUUGUCCUGCCUUCUGGUGCUUUGGAAAAUAAGUUGAUCCCCUCUUCUUUGUGGCAGCCCCUCAAAUCCUGGAAUACUGCUAUCAUGUCACCCCUAAUUCUUCUUUUCUCUAGACCAGGGGUUGGCAACCUGCGGCUCUGGAGCCGCAUAUGGCUCUUUCAUCCCUCUGCUGCAGCUCCCUGUCACUCAAAAAAGUGUCACAACCGCCAAUGUGCGACACCUGCUGGCACAUGAUUUACUGAGCUUUUCAAUCCCCAGUAGGCCAACUAUGGAUAAAUCUAAAAAAAGAAAAGGUAAAGGUAAAAAACGAUAUAUGCAGCGUUAUCUUCAUUUUAGAUAUCAAAGGGAUUUUUUUGUGGCUCCCAGUGUUUACUUUUCUGUGGGAAACGGUUCCAAAUGGCUCCCGAUCCCUGCUC